GCAAUGCACAGACUUACGAGGAUACAUACCACAAGUACAAUGUAAUUCCAGAGUACGAUAUAGAUACGUCUUCCUAUGGCGUUGAGACCAGGCCUCAUUCAUCAGGGUUUAACACCAACCAUCAGAAUGUUGUACUGGUACCCGAUAUUUCAUGUCUUAAACAAGGUGGUAACAACAAUUUGAUGUCUCCACCAAAUAGAAAUGAGAAUAGGACACAAACAGCCAACCAAGCUGUUAUAACAACAGCAUUAUUACGUCCUGUACAUAAUCAGCAUUCUCCAGUUCAAGUGCCUCAGGCUGCAGGUGCCACAAAUGUCGUAACUGUAGGUACGGUGGCUCCUAGAGUCGGUAUGUCUCCAACCAAUAGAAUUGGAAGUUACAGUAUCGAGAAAGGAAAGCUCGAGAUUGACUGGAAUACAGUACUUGGCAGAGGUCAUUAUGGAGCAGUGUACAAGGGAAAGCUUCACCCAAAAGAUGAAUUAUUGGCAUUAGACCCUCAGGCAGAUUCUGAGACGGUAGUUGUAAAAGUUUUAAGACAUGAGAUGGCUGAUACGUUUGGUGAAGAUUUAAAGAAAGAAGCUAUAGUUAUGCAGAAACUACAUCAUCCUAAUGUUGUAAAGUUUUAUGACAUAUGUCAUGGAGGUAGAUAUUUGGUAAUGGAAUAUGUGGAGAACAAUUCCCUCUUCUCAUACAUAAGUAAAGAGAGAAAAAAUCACCAAAUAUCAGAACAAACCUUCCUUCAGUUAGCAACUGAUAUUGCUGCCGGAAUGGAGUAUUUAGAGUCCCAGAGAGUGAUACAUUGUGACCUAGCAGCUAGAAAUGUGCUUCUUACACGAGAUAUCCGUGCUAAGAUCAGUGACUUUGGUCUGUCUAAAAUUCUUACACAAGAUAAAGAUUACUAUCGAAGAACUACUGACAAGACUAUUCCAAUUCUCUGGUGUGCACCGGAGUGGGUUGGACAUAAGAGAUAUCUACAUAAAAGUGAUGUUUGGAGCUAUGGGGUAACAGUCUGGGAAAUGUACAGCUAUGGGAAAACUCCAUACGCGAGUAAAAAAGUACCUUGGGCGCAAAUAAUAGAUCUGCUUACCCGAGGAGAAAGAUUAGAAAAGCCAAAACAUUGUCCAGAGUAUGUGUACACCCUGCUUCGACGUUGUUGGGAACUUGAGCCAAAUAACAGACCAGACUUUCAACAACUUAGGACCAGAUUUCAAGAGUUCUUGUCAGCAUCUGUAAUUUCAUCUAGACCUAAACAGGUUGCUGUCAGGAGACAUACAACACCCAGCAAUCAGGCCAAGCAUGGCAGUAAUCAAAAUAAUGCUCCAGGUGCUCCUGGUACUGAUGAUACAACAAAGACAAAUACUUUACCAUCAGUAUGUGUACAGCCUGAACAGAAUCAGCAAUCAACAAACAAAACAGGUGGUCAUAGUAGGACAAGACCAGUAGUAAAUGGGCAUGAAACUCAGAUACAGAAUGCUGUAAGGCAAUCUUCUGAUGAAACUAAUGUAACGUCUAGCAUUGAUGAAAGAACAAAUGAAAAUAAAACUGUAACUAAGGACAUAAAUGAUGAUCAGACUGAGAGAAAGGAAGUGCUAGCUGAUCAGACUGAGAGAAAGGAAGUGCUAGCUGGUAUCACUGACCAAGGCCCAAAUUUAGUUAAAAGUGAAAAUCAGUUAAGUUCGAGAGAAAAUGAAAAUUUGUUACCAAAACAAGGACACUCUUUAGUUAAUGGGACAGGACACUCUUUAGUUAAUGGGAUAGGGCAAUCUUCAGUUAAUGGGAUUGCAAAUCAUUCCAACCAAUCACCGCUUAGCAGUGUAGCUUUAAACCAGUCAGGAUCUGUAUCUAGGCAGCUUUCUACUGGUUCCGGGCAUUCUAUCAGCAAAGAGAACAAGAAAAGUAGUGAAACAAUAUUGAUUGACAAGAGUGACUUACAUUAUAGUAUAAGAGAUGUUCUUGGAAAGGGAGCAUAUGGACAAGUGUUUAAAGCAACUUAUCGUGGUGAAACAGUUGCACUGAAACAAUGUACAGUUGAUGAAGAAUAUUCUAGAUUCAGACGAGAAUUUGAGUUAUUAUUCGCUUUAAAGCAGAAUUCAUCUAAUAUUGUAAAGUUCAUAGGCCUGUACAAAGAAUAUGAUAGUUCAAAACAUAUGUAUGUAAUGGAAUACCUUGAAGAGGGCUCAUUGCACAACUAUCUUAUAGAUCAUAAACAGUCAGGAAAUGUGGUUGAUGCUAAGAGGAAGAUACUGUUCCUGAUAGAUAUUGCUAAGGGUAUGAAUUGUUUAUUCCAAAAAUCCAUCGUCCAUGGUGACCUUACAGCUAAGAAUGUGCUGUUAACUAAAGACCUCACUGCAAAAAUAAGUGACUUAGGCUGGGCAAAGGAGCUAGAAAAUGAAGAGGAAAAUGUAGAAUAUAGAAGAAAUGAUCCCACCUUUCAGCCACUAUGGACUGCCCCUGAGGUAUUUGAAAGAUGUGUUUAUACAAAGUUCUCAGACACAUGGAGUUACGGCGUGGUCUGCGUGGAAACUUUCCAAGAUUGUUCACCACCGGCCUAUAAUGUACCAUUUGACCAAUUGAAACAAAAGAAAGACACAUACCUUAGAAACUUGUAUGGAGCUAUACUGAAGGGUCUCAGGAUGCCAAAACCUGCACAAUGUCCACAAACUAUCUAUAAUGAGGUGAUUGUAAAAUGUUGGCAGAAGGAGUAUAAAGAUAGGAUGCAUUACAGAGAAAUUAUUGAAAUUCUUUCCCGAUAUGAGCAGACCUGUUAGAUAUAUGUCAGUACAUUGUGUAGUUAAUGUAUUGAUUGUUGUUGACCCUAAAAAAUUGUCCUUAUGGCGGAGAUACAGGAAUGCAAGACAAUGAAGAAAAUUUCAACCAUAUUUAAGGCUUGCUGUUAGGACAGCUUCCUAUCCUUUUGUUAUGUGAAUUAUUAUGUAGUGAUUGUUUUUCAAGGGUUUUGUUUCUAUUCACACAUGUACUGUACAAAUAUUGCAUUGACAGGCAAUGGGAAAUUCUAUCAACUCUUUGCCUUGUUUGGUAUACAUAUUGCUUUUUAGCUCGACUUUUCUAUGAAAAGGGGAGCUAUCCUACUCGCCCCGGCGUCGGCGUCGGCGUUAGCGUUGGCGUCACACCUUGGUUAAGUUUUUCGUACCACCCCACUUUAUUUCAGAAGUAUUACAAGUAUGGCUUUGAAACUUACCAUACUUGUUCACCAUCAUAACCUCCAUCUACAGACAAGAGUACAUAACUCUGUCAAGGUUUUUGACAGAAUUAUGGCCCUUUUUUGACUUAGAAAGUGUAUUGAGCUUGGUUAAGUUUUUUGUACCACCUCACUUUAUUUCAAAACCAUUGGAGGUAUUGCUUUGAAACUGAACAUACUUGUUUACCAUCACGACCUUCAUCAACAGACAAGAGGACAUAACUCUGUCAAGGUUUUUGACAGAAUUAUGCCCCUUUUUGACUUAGAAAAUACAUUGAAUAUGGGUAAAAUCCACUUAUUGCCUUAACCCUUUGAGAUAUUGCUUUGAAACUUUUAAUGCUAUUUCACAUCAUUACCCCCAUCUGUACGCAAGAGAAGGUAACUCUGUCAAGGAUUUGUUUUAAAAAUUAAGGCCUUUUAUCGACUUAGAAUCUUGGUUAAGUUUUUAGUACCAGUCCACUUUUUGACUGAACUGUUUGAGAUAUUAAUUUGAAAGUUGGAAUACUUGUUUACAAUCAUGAUUCCCAAACAUGUCCAGGAGAAGGUAAUUCUGUCAAAGAUUUUAUUUGAAUUAUGGCCCUUAACUGUCAAUGUUUUGUAUUAUAGGCAAGCACUAAAAAAGUUUUUUUUUCUUUCUUACCAGCCCUCUUUUGACUUAAACAUUUCAAACUUUGCUGCAGUGUUCAAGGGUAUCACACAAUUCAGUAAAAUAAUUCUUCACUAAAUAUCUUAAUGCUCAUGGCCAUUGUUCACUUUAAAAAUACAGAGAUUCUUGUAUUGCCUUUUACUGCAAAAACUUUUUUUAUUGGCAAGCAAUUAAAAAGUCGAGCGCGCUGUCUUACGGACAGCUCUUGUAUUGAUUUGUCAUGGCAACUUGUCUUUAAAAUUUGAAAUUUUGUAGGAUAUUUUUUGUAUUUUCCUCCUUAGUAAAUGUACAUGUUGAUAAAUAACAACUGAUGUUAUUAAAUAUUAAACAUGUAAAGAGUAACAUGAUUGUGUUCUCUGUUGCCAUAAUGGAAUAAUUAAUUUUUAAAAUUUGUUAUUAACAAACCAAGAAACUCUAAAAUGUUUCUCAUAUUCUAGUCAUCUAAGUGUUUUUAUCCCCUGCCGAAAAUACGGCAGGACAGCGGAUAUGGUUAUAGUCUCCUUCUGUCCGUUCGUCCAGUAUGUCCAUUCUUCUGUCCCACAUUUUAUGCCUGGAGUCAAUCUGGAAAAGUAUUUGAGGAUUUAACUUGAAACUUUGAAGAUAGAUCUCAUUCAGGAGGAAUGCAGUGCACAAGAAUGAAAACUCUACCUUUCAUAAUAUUUUAGUUAUUGCACUGUUCUCAUGCUUAAUUAUUUUGCUAUUUUUAUGUUUAAUUUUUUUGUCAGGAGCAUAAAUUAACUUUAAAAGUUUUUUUUUUCAAGCUUUAUUUGCAAUUUUGAUUUUGUCCAGGCUAUAACUCUAAAUGUUUAAGAGAGAUAUCAGCUUGAAACUUCAUAGGUGAAAGCUUUCAUAUGCCAACUUUGUACAUUUCAAGGUUAUUGCCCUUUGAUGUGUAUAAAUGCUAGUGUGGCAAUAAUUUUUCCCCUGUUUGGUGGUGGAUUUGGCAGUCUGUGACUACUUCUUUGUUGAUAUACCUCUGAUAUAAAGUGCUAUCAAGUUUAUUAUAUUAUAUGUUGAUAUAUUAUAGAAUUUGUGAUACUGUUGCUACAAAUUUGAAAUACAUAUUUUAACAAGGAGAUAAAUGUGAUUAAAUGAAUGUUAAAGUUUGUUACAGAAUUGUUUAAUAGCUUGACAUAUAUAUUUUAGCAAGAAUGAGUAGAAAUAUGAUUAUUGUCUGUAUGUUUAUUAUAUAUUUUAUAAUGUUGCUUCAAAUUUGACAUACAUAUUUAACAAGGAAAUAUGUGCUUUAAUGAAUGUUUAAGUUUGUUAUGGAAUUGUUAACUAGUUUUGACAUAUAUAUAUAUAUAUAUAUA